GGCAGCACCGGCUAUGUACUCCACCAACCGAGGCACGGUGGGCGGGUUUUUCCUGGCUGGACGGAGCAUGGUUUGGUGGCCGAUUGGUGCUUCUCUGUUUGCCAGCAACAUUGGCAGUGGGCACUUUGUGGGAAUAGCAGGAACAGCAGCAGCUGGAGGAAUUGCCAUCGGAGGAUAUGAGUGGAAUGCUCUGAUAUUUGUGGUGGUUCUAGGAUGGAUCUUUGUACCCAUCUACAUCAAAGCUGGGGUGGUGACAAUGCCAGAAUACCUGAGGAAGCGUUUUGGUGGGAAACGGAUCCAGGUCUACCUGUCAGUCCUUUCCCUGAUCAUAUAUGUUUUCACAAAGAUCUCAGCUGACAUCUUCUCUGGAGCUGUAUUUAUCCAGCUGGCCAUAGGGCUGAAUCUUUAUUUGGCCAUAAUUAUCCUGCUUUCUAUUACUGCUCUUUACACCAUCACAGGUGGCCUUGCAGCUGUGAUUUACACAGAUACCUUACAAACAUUCAUCAUGGUAUUGGGAUCCUUUAUUCUCAUGGGAUUUGCAUUUGCUGAAGUAGGAGGGUAUGAGGCUUUCAUGCAGAAGUACAUGGCAGCCAUUCCAUCCAACGUCUCCUACGGGGGCACGGCGGUGGAUCCCGCGUGCUACACGCCCCGCAGGGACGCCUUCCACAUCUUCCGAGACGCCAGCAGCGGGGACCUGCCCUGGCCAGGCCUCGUCUUCGGCCUCAGCAUCCUUGCCAUGUGGUACUGGUGCACAGAUCAGGUUAUUGUGCAAAGAUGUCUCUCUGGCAAGAACAUGUCCCAUGUGAAGGCUGGCUGUAUCAUGUGUGGGUACCUCAAACUCUUGCCCAUGUUUAUCAUAGUGAUGCCUGGAAUGAUCAGCCGGAUUUUGUACACAGAUGUGGUGGCUUGUGUUGUGCCUGAAGUCUGUCAGCACUACUGUGGCACUGCAGUGGGCUGUACAAACAUUGCUUAUCCAAAAAUGGUAGUGGAGCUUAUGCCAAAUGGUCUGCGGGGUCUGAUGCUGUCCGUCAUGCUGGCCUCCCUUAUGAGCUCCCUGACAUCCAUUUUUAACAGUGCCAGUACUUUGUUCACGAUGGACAUUUACACCAAAAUUCGGACGCGGCCAUCUGAGAAGGAGCUGAUGCUGGCUGGCAGGGCAUUUAUGUUACUCUUAAUUGGCAUCAGCAUUGCUUGGGUUCCCGUGGUGCAGUCAGCUCAGAGUGGGCAGCUCUUUGAUUAUAUUCAGUCUGUUACCAGCUACCUGGGACCUCCCAUUGCUGCUGUUUUCCUGCUUGGUAUCUUCUGCAAGCGUGUCAAUGAGCAGGGUGCCUUCUGGGGCCUGAUCAUUGGGCUGCUGGCUGGACUCGGCAGGAUGAUUGCAGAGUUUGCCUAUGGAACUGGCAGCUGUGUGGCCCCUUCCAACUGCCCCUUCAUCAUCUGUGGCAUUCACUACCUUUACUUUGCACUGAUCCUCUUUGGGGUUUCUGCCAUCGUCAUCCUGGCAGUCUCCUUCAUGACCAAGCCCAUUCCUGAUGUACAUCUUUACCGCUUGUGCUGGUCCUUGCGGCACAGCAAAGAAGAACGGAUUGAUCUUGAUGCAGAUGAGGAGCAGGACAGAGCUGAUGAAAAAGAUAAUGAAUCAGUUAAUGAAGAAAACCAGGAGGAGCCAGGAUGCUGUAGGAAAGCUUACAACUGGUUCUGUGGCUUGGACCAACAGAAGGGCCCCAAACUGAGCAAGGAGGAAGAAGAAGCACUGAAGAAGAAACUAACAGACACCAGUGAAGUGCCACUGUGGAGAAACGUUGUGAAUAUCAAUGGCAUCAUCCUCUUGACUGUGGCUGUGUUCUGCCAUGCCUACUUUGCAUAACCCCCUGAUCACAGUCCUGGAAUUGUACUGCAUUGUUCAAGCACAAAUGAUGGUUUGUACAUUUACACAAUUAGAUACACAUUGUAUUUUCAUCAUCUACAUUUGUAAAACAUCAGAGUGAUUUACUCACUGAUUUUGUGAUCGUAAUUUCAACAAUUUAAAGAUGAAGGCCACUGGGAUUUCAAGAGAAUUUCUAUUUAGACAUUGAACCAAUCCGGGGCUAACUGAGGUUCAGAAUUUCCAUCCAAUAUUCUCUCUGCUCAUGAUACAUUUCAUAUUUUAGGUUCAGAACAAGUCUGCAUGAGCCAUAUUUUGUAUCAGGUUUUGUGAACUAUCUUUUAGGGUUCACGAUACUAUUGAUUUUCACCCCUUCCUCUGAUCAUUCAAUUUUCCUUUUCCUUUGGCUAUGAUAGUCUGAUUGAAAAAAACUCACAACCACUGAGGGACUGUUACAAACUCAAAUUAAAACAUUGCUAUUGUCCCUCCAAACAUGGGAUAUCUUAAGUAAAGGAUUUAUUCAUAAAUCAAUAUAUUUGAUACUACAUAUAACUUUCCAUUAUCAGUUUUCCCCCCUUUUUCUCAUUUUCCACUGGGUUGUGUUUCUCAGUUUUCAGUGGAACACUAACCUCUGAAUUGAUCACAUUUUGAAACUGAGGAACAUCCAUCCUGAUGAUCUUAAGAAGAAUUUUGCUUACAGCAGAUUAUCUGUUUAAGGUUAACUUCCAAAGGUCCUCCUCUCUUGAUAUUUUAAUAUAUCCCUUUACUUGAAUGUGAAGCUUUUUAUACAAAAUACAUGUAUUAUAUAUACACAAGCAAUACAUUAUGUAUAUGCACUAUGUAUAUUA